AUGCUAUCGCACCAGGACACAGAGCAGGCCCUUAGUUACUCGAAUUACUGGGACGAGCAGUAUGCGACAGCAACUGGGGACAAACCGACGCAUGAAUGGCAUCGCAGUUUUAGUCAGCUGGAGUCAUUCUUCCAGAAUCAUCUCUUCCGAAACAAGUCGAAGGAUACGAGGAUUCUGCAUUUGGGAAGCGGGAAUAGUGUAAGCAGCUUUUCCCUUCUCCACAAGCUUGUCUCGUUGCUAUCUUCAAUUGAAAAGCUCUACAUAUCUUUGGCUUUACCUGCGUUCCUUGAGAGUAACAAACUGACAUAUCACCAGAGUGUGCCAUACGACCUUCUAGACCGGGGAUAUAGGAAUCAACUCUGCAUCAAUUUCUCUACAGUAGUAGCCAAUCUGAUGAAGUCUCGACAUGCCGAUAAGCCCCAAGUAGCAUGGCAAGUCGGCGACGUGCGAAACAUGAACGGAAUCGCGUGCAACUCCGUAGAUGUUGUCUUUGACAAAUGCACACUAGAUUGUAUGUCCUACGGCAGCCCAUGGAGUCCACCCAAAGAGGUCCUCGAGAACAGCAGAAUGUAUCUCAGAGAAGUCUGGAGGGUCUUGAAAGAUGACGGCGUCUUUCUUUACGUCACAUACCGUCAGCCCCACUUCGUCAAGCCAAUUCUUAAUUCGCAUGAUGAGUGGGAUCUUGACAUGGAAGUCCUGGGUGGAGGAGUGGGAACCUUCCACUACUUCGGCUUCAUCCUCAAGAAGCACAGCACAGGUUCCGGCUGA